UGCAAGAACUAACUGGGGUUGUAUCGUCUCAGCUUCUCUCUCUCUCUCUCUCUCUCUCUCUCUCUCUCUCUCUCGCGCUGCGUCGAUCAAUAUGAAUCCGAUAAGAGGGGAUGCGUUAACUAAACAGCAGAUUGAUGAGUUCCAGGAAGCGUUUUGUUUGCUGGACAAGGAUGGAGAUGGUUCCAUUACAAUUAAGGAAUUGGCAACUGCAAUAAAAUCCUUGGACCAACAUCCCACAGAGGAAGAACUUCAAAGCAUGAUCAAUGAGGCCGAUACUGAUGGCCAUGGGACAAUAGAAUUCGGGGAGUUCUUGAAUCUUAUGGCCAGAAAAAUCAAGGAGACUGAAAUCGAAGAGGAACUAAAGGAAGCUUUUAGGGUCAUUGACAAGGAUCAAGAUGGCUACAUAUCUCUUAAUGAGUUGAAGCGGGUGAUGAUCAACCUGGGAGAAAAGUCGACGGAGGAAGAAUUGGAAGAGAUGAUGAGAGAGGCGGAUUUGGACGGUGAUGGCCAAAUUAGUUACGAGGAGUUCAUCAGGAUGAUGCUAGCUUUCUGAAAGGACAAGCGCAACUGCUCAUGCUUCAUGCAUUUCAUAUCUUAAUGAAUUUUUAAGAAUCUAUGUUUGCUAAAAACUCUACAUCCUAUUCUUGCAUAUUCAAUUGUAUUUUUUUUUUACGAGUUAUAUGAUCAUAAAACCCUAAUAAACAGGAGGAAAUAUCAUGGGAAAUUAGCAUAUAUCGUUUUCCGUUUGGUAACUUAUUGUGUAUCGCAGAUUCAAUGUGCUAUUAUGUACCAUCUAUUUCUUGUUAAGAGAUAAUCGUAAUUAAGUUCUAUGAUGCUAUAGGUUUUGCUCAA